AUGGCAUACAAGGCACUUCUCAUUGGAGUAAAUUACUACAACAUCCCGGGACAAAACGAUCUACUGGGCUCCGUACCUGACGUCCAGCUUGUUCACCAAUUCAUCCAAAAGUCUCGUCCGACGGCGAGAAUUAUAACGCUCACAUCCAGCAAACCGCGAGAUCCAACACAGGGCGCACCCUCAGAAGAUCCCAAGUUAUGGCCUACACGCGAAAAUGUGAUUCACAGCCUCGAGAUGAUACUGGAGGAAUCAACGACGGGAGAUGUUGUAUACAUCCACUUUUCUGGCCAUGGGACGACCAUUCCAGAUCCAGAAUCUGCUUCGCGCGUACAUGGCCACCUUGCUCUGGUGCUAUUCAGUGACACGGGUGGGGAAUACUAUCUCCAGGGUGAAGAGAUCGCAAGAAUCCUCAACCGCAUGGUCGCCAAGGGUGUUUUAGUCUCACUAGUUCUCGACUGCUGCUUUGCUGGAAGUGUCGCUCGCUCCAAACGCGACUGGAGUCGUCUUCGCGCAAUACCAUACGAUCCAAGAUUGAAUUCUAGAGAUUCUGUUCAUUUAGACAACCAGUUUGUAGGCGAUGGGCUUCGCGGCGCACGAAUUCGGUCUAAAUGGCUCACUGACCCAGAAGGCUAUGUGAUCCUUGCCGCGUGCGGCCCUCAAGAAGAGAACAAAGAGAUUCAAGUUGGAGACCAGAAGUAUGGCAUGUUGACAUUCAUUCUUGUCAAUGCCCUCGAAAUCCUGUUGAAGAAGGGUAUAGAGAUUACGUGUCGCUCCUUAUACGACCUAAUCCGCACUGAAUUCCAAGUGCGCUGUCUUAGCCAGAUCCCGAUGCGAUACGGAAACGAGAAUUUUACCUUCUUUGGGACACUGUAUUCAGAUUCAGAAGUUUCCUUGGUACCUGUUUACAAACUGGCCAAUGCUGACAGCCUCCAAUUAGCUGCGGGUGCGGCGCAUGGACUUGUAGCUGGAGAUGAGUUCGCUUUGUAUUAUCUCUAUUCAUCUCAGGAUGCUCGAUCAAUCCAAAGACAAUUGCCACGGGGGAAAGCCAGAGUAACUAAAACGGGAAGUCUCACAUCCGAGCUGGACGUGGUGAAUUCCAAGGGGUACCGACCAGGCGCUGUUGCGAAAGCGAAGCUCCUGACAUCCACAGCGCCUACAAAGGCUGUGGUACGACUUUCGGAUAUCAUACACAACCAUGACCAGUGGAUUGAGUCCAUUUCAAGCAAAGCGUUCAUAACAACAGAGACCACGGAGUUGCGAGGCUGUUCCGCGUUCAACUUGACAAAUAAAGACUGCCAUUACCAUAUACAGUGGGACUCGCUAGAGACAGUCGUAGGUACACCAAUAGUCCCACAGGACCAAACCGAUGCGAUGGCCUCUGUAGUUGCUGCGCUGGAACAUCUGGGCGCAUUCAAAUAUUUCGAAGCAAUCCGGAAUCGUGCCGAAACGGCCGAAUGGGUCCAAAAGUUCCAAAUCACGGCUAAAAGCGAGAGUAGUUCCACGGCUCGUCAAAACGAAAUACUGCAACUCAGUGAGCAUAAUCGCGUCAGCAUACGUGUCCAGAAUCUUUGCGGCAAACCAUUGUAUUUUGCAAUCCUGAACCUUACUUCGUGUUGGGAAAUCGUAAACGUACUAUCAGAAGGAGGAGAAGGAGGAUUCAUGGUCAUUCCACCUCACCAAGUGGAGGAAUGCGAGUUAGAGAUGGAGAUUCCAGAAGAAUUGAAGGCGCAAGAUAUACGUUCCUGUCAGGAUGUUCUGAAGAUAUUCAUCACUAGCCAGCCAACCUCAUUCGCUUCUCAACUCCUUCCUAAGCUGAUCGGGUGCAGCAGUGGCUCCCGCUCGAGAAUGUCAGAGUACAUCAAGAGAAUGCGGAAUUCGAUUCAUCAGCUCGCAGACUCGAACCGGAAUCUGUCACAAAAUACCGAGUACUGGUCGACUCAAGACUUUAUUGUGAAAACUUCUUGUAGCGCAUAG